CUGGUCAGUUCCUCGACCUGAAGGGAAACUCAAUCCAGUGUAGAUUUUGGGAGUUUCUAGGUGUAUGUUUGUGUCUUAUAGCUCAGCUGCGGGUGAAUUCAUGUUCUGUGUUGUUUGGUGUGUUUGAACAUGUGAAAAUUUGCAUAUGACUGUGAUCUAGCUUAUAACUGUGAACUGUGACAACAUAUUGACACUUCCAACCAGUUAACAUAGAAGAAGAGAUGCUAGGAUCUUUUGUGUGUUAGAAUGGGCUUUGUAAAGCAUAUUGCCCUUCCCUUGUGGAAGCUUAUUCAGUAUUUGGGAGAAGAGUUUAAACUAGCAGGUUUGAAUGGUGCCCUUGUUCUAACAAGUGUGUAUCUGGUCUUCGGAUGGGGUGCUCAGUUGAUCUGCAAUGCCAUUGGAUUUGUCUACCCUGCAUACUGCAGUAUCAAAGCCCUGGAAUCUGUGAGGAAAGAAGAUGACACACGCUGGCUGACCUACUGGGUUGUCUUUGCCCUGUUCUCUGUUUGUGAAUUCUUCUCGGAUCUGCUCUUGUCAUGGUUCCCAUUCUACUGGCUGGCUAAGUGCUUGUUCCUGGUAUGGUGCUUCAUGCCAGUCUCCUGGAAUGGAUCAGAAUUCAUCUACAACCGUGUCAUCAAACCUGCAUUCAUGAAGCAUCAGCAGGAGAUUGACACAGCCAUGUCCAAGGUGACUGACAAGAUCAACGAGCUGGCCGACUCUGCCACACGAGUUGCUGCUGAUGCCAUCAAGAAGGAUUAAGGAGAAACUAGGUGUGUUGCUUGCGGAAGAUAAAAUGGUUGAACAUAUUCUUGCCAUCCAUAUGCUGAGGUUACAGAAGAGUGUGAAUAAUUAUUAGCUGGUUAUAAUGAGACUGAUGUACAUAUUUUUUUUGUUAGCUUAUGAGCUUUUUCACAGAUGCACAUCUUUUUCAUGAAAGAUUUUCAGACAGUAGUCUAGUCAAAUUUGAUGCUAACACUCAAGUAUUAUCUCUUCUUGGUACGAAGAAAUGUGUCCUUUUAAAUUAAUUAAGUUAAAUAGCUUAAGGACUUUUACAAAGGAAAACAAUCUUUUCUUAAGGUAUAUUCUCCUUUUUAUAUUAUACAUAAAGGAAAAAUGUAAACGUGUAGCUAUAUUUUCUUUGUGAGUUGGGUGGUUUCUGUCUUCCCAUGCACAUCCCUUGUUUCUUUGCACAAGUAUUCUUUAAAGACCAAAGGUUUAUUAAGGCUGUAAUAUGAUGAUGCAUAACUUCAGUAUGUGUACUUUUCAUAAUGGGCAUUAUCUUUCAUUCUAGGAAUAAACUUUUCCAAUUUAUA